GGCAGCCAUCGUGCUUUACGGUUCGGUGUCGGAGGGUGGAGGGCCGACCCCAAGCAAGGAAUUGCGUUCUCUCCAGUCCCAGGGCUAUACAAGAAAACUGGUAAAUUGGUAUUUCUUGGAUUGGAUAAUGCAGGAAAAACCACAUUGCUACAUAUGCUAAAAGAUGACAGACUUGGACAACAUGUCCCCACAUUACAUCCCACUUCAGAAGAAUUAACCAUUGCUGGCAUGACCUUUACGACUUUUGAUCUGGGUGGUCAUGUUCAAGCUCGAAGAGUGUGGAAAAACUACCUUCCUGCUAUCAAUGGCAUUGUAUUUCUGGUGGAUUGCGCAGACCACGAAAGGUUGUUAGAAUCAAAAGAAGAACUUGAUUCACUAAUGACAGAUGAAACCAUUGCUAAUGUGCCUAUACUGAUUCUGGGGAAUAAGAUCGACAGACCUGAAGCCAUCAGUGAAGAGAGGUUACGGGAGAUGUUUGGUUUAUUUGGUCAGACGACAGGAAAGGGCAACAUAUCUCUAAAAGAACUGAAUGCCCGACCCUUAGAAGUGUUCAUGUGCAGUGUGCUCAAAAGACAAGGCUAUGGAGAAGGCUUCCGCUGGAUGGCGCAGUACAUUGAUUAACUUCUACUGGCAUUGGUUCCAGGGCUCACCGUUCAGGCCUACUCAAGAGAUCUGAUCACUCAACAUGCAUAACUUGAAUUUAAUAGACUUUGGUUGGUUAGAAAACAAAUGUUUUUUAGAUUAUUAAUAUAUCAAGUUAAUUUGAGUGAGAAUUGAAAACUGAUUCAAAGAAAUGUGAAUAUCACAAUGUUAGCUUUCUAAUUCCAUAAAAAUAAUUAGUUUUUACAGUUUGUAAUCUGACAUGACCUCAGCGUCAUUUAUGAAGAGCAACUUUCCAGCAGUACACUUGAAGCACUUUUUAACAACAUGAAACUACAAAUAUAAACCAUAUUUCAAAGCUCAUCAUGUUCAAUUUUUUAUGUACUUUUUGGGAACUAGUUUUUAAAUUUUAGAUUAUAUGUCCACCUAUCUUAAGUAUACAGUUAGCUUACUGAUGACUGCAUGAUGCCUUACAGUUUCCGAUUAAUAUUUUUUCUUAUGCAAACGUCAUGCAAUAAAACAAACUCUAAUGUUUGGCAUCCUUGUUGGGCAAAUAUUUCAUUUUAAUGUGUCUUACUUAUCUAGCUAGUGUGAUUUGGAAUUUGAGUAUUUAGUAUUAUACACAUGAGGGUGUUGUUGGGAAAGGAUAUUUGCUUCAGAAUAUUAUGAAUAAUGUUUAAGUCCCCAGAGGCUUUAGCAGUUUCCAGGAGACUGUUGUCUUUGGUUGCACCUUAUACUACAUUUAUCUUUGAAUCAUGUGUAUUUUUAUUAGUAACACUAUCACCAGAGCUGAUGGGGUCCAUUUCUUAGGCCUUUUGGGAUCAGCCUUCUACAGCAGUAUGUCUCCUGGUACAACACAAGAUCAUUCUUUGUUUGGUAGACCCCGCAGCUCCAUUCCAGUUUCUGAUUCUCUGUGCCUCUUCACCAAAAGUAAUGUCAAGUACCAAUCUCCUCACAUUUAGAGGUAUCCCCAGGGCAAGCAACAAGUAGGAUUUUGUGUCUGGUAUUAGAGGCCUGCCUAUGAGAAAAAUGUCUACUCUGCUUCAGUUGUCACUGAGAUGUAGAUUAUGCUCCUGUUCUUUAGCAGGAAGAAAAUGAAUGCUUGUAUUUAAAUUUCUUUCUUUUUAGUUGCUUCAGCUGGCUUUUACUUUACAGUACACACAAAGGCUGUUAUUUUAGAUACAGUGCUUGCCAUGUGAUAGUGUCUACCAGCCUUACUGAUAAACUUACUAAUAAAAUUUUAGCUAACUUCUGAAGUAUUUUAAUUUCCUAAAAAAUUUUCUUUUUUCUUAUGUUGGAGAAUCCCAUAAUUAGUAACAUAAAAUGAAAGAUAAGUGCCAAAUAUGUAUUUUUAAAUACCUUCAAACUUGGUCAUAAACCAAGCUUUUAUAGUAUAUUUUAUCAGUUCCAUUAGAUUGUUGCAGUUUCAUCAAUAAACCAAACUUGGUCAUAAAUCAAACUUUUAUAGUAUCUUUUACCAAUUCCAUUGGAUUGUUGCAAUUUCAUCAAUAAUUUUACUAUAAAAAUUAAUGUUUUCUUUAGCCAUUGUCCAAAUCAGAGUGUUAUCCAUUUUGUCAUCACUAAUGUAACAUACAGAGCAGAUAAGGGUCGAGGGACUGCCUCUGGUUGAUACCUGUCUUCAACACGAUGGGUAUUUCCUAGUGUGUCUAUUGUGAUACUUGAAAAGUUAAAUAUUUGUGUCAUAAAUUGGUACAAAGGAACUGGCUUCUCUAGAAGGGAAAAAUGCUUUUUAACGUGAAAUGAUCUCACUCCAGAAUUCUCAUUCUAGUUCUGACAUUGAGAUCAAAGAAACAAAACUACUUUUUGGACCACAGCUGAACUGUGGAUAUUUUCCCAAUUAUCUAAAUUCUUAUGGCCUGACCCUCUAGAAAUGAAGAUGCCCUUAGCUAUGACCAGCUUUCCUCCAAGCUCCAGGGAGAUGGAGCAGCAAACCACUGGGCUUGCUCUCUGGCUUUGAGGGCUUCUUAGAGCACACUGCACUGAGUCAUCGAUCCUCUUCAAAAGAAGGAAAGUAAGAAAACGUCAAGAAACAGAAGGUCUCAGAAAACAUCUACCCUGUAUGUGCCUGUGAGUAUGUGUACCUAUGGGUAAAUGUUAGUGUUGGGGACAUAGAUCAAUUUUGUACCUCUCACUGUAAGGUUUGAAAGUGUAGUUAACACUGUUGGGUACAAGUGAAUAUUGGAUUUCACAUAAAUCUGGCAGGUACUGUUCAAAGAUAUUUUAAAAUAUUAAAUUUUAAACAGUAAGAAUGUAAGGUUAAGGGCUUAGCCUACUUUAAUUUAAAAAAACAUUUUUUUAGCUCCAUACCUGUUUCAAUGACUGCUGUUAAUUAUAAUUUUGGAUAACUGGUUGAUAGACUGCAGUUUAUCUCAGUGAAAAUUUAGAAUGUCGGUGACAGCUUUUAAGAAAAUUGGGGGAUAGACAUAUCUUUAAGAAUAUGAAAAGAUAUUCUCCAACUUUGGCUUAGUUGACCCAGGGUCUCUGAGUACCAAAGAUGUAUGAAUUCAUAUAUUGCCUGUACAGAUCUAAAUUUUAGUUUUGUAUGCCUAUGUACAUAGGUAAGUUCACUGUGGCUCACAACAUAUAAGCAAGAUUCCCCUUCUUCUCCCAGUUUUCACUUUUCUUGUGCUUCUCAGCACUACUGGAAACUUACUUGUAAAUCAGUAAGAUAGGACAGUCAUUAUAAAAUAGAGUAUUUCCUGCCUUGUGCAAAAUGAUCAGUCAGCCCCAUUCAAAACCCAGCAUUUUCACAAGUUCCAUCAUAGAAAACAGUGUAUAUAUCUAGUCGACAUGAUUUGAGAGUUCAGGAAAAAGCCUUACAUUUUCUGAAACUAUGUUUGAUAUGUGACUCAAUGUGACAUUUCAAUCUUAUUUGUCUCUACAUGACUGAUGUUUUGAAGGAUUUACUGCCAAAUAAAUUCUGACCAGCAAACACUGGAAACAGAUAAUAUAAAGAGGAAUCUCAAAAAUAUCUUGUGUUAGUUUUAUUUUGAGUAUAUUGUUUGGAUUAUUUUAACGCAUGGACAAGUUAUUAAAGUUUGAAAAAAUCUCUCAUCAUGAAAAAAUAGACAUUAGCAAAUAAAAGUUAUGUAAUUUAAUAAGAAAGUCAUUGUUUUCUAUAAACCUUUAAUCUGGUUAUAAAUGUAAGAAUUCAGAAAGCAGUGUUACUGUUUUAUAUCAAGGACUAAAUGUCAAUCUACUGGUCAUUUCCAUCAUUGUCCAUCUCUUUUUUAAAUACAAGGUAGUGCUUUUAACAACAAGAAACAAUUACAGAAUAGGGACUAAGCCCCUGUGUAAUAUGACUGGUAUCUUAUUAAAGCCAUUUUUCCACUCCUAAACCCUACAAUUGUGCCCCUCACACACCUUCACCCAACACUGCGAUAACAAGAUAUCCUAAGUACACAGGGAACCUACCAGUCUAUGAAAGAUGCAGUCCUGAACCAAUUAAUUUUUGCCCUCAUAAUGUAGAACAUUCAGUAGCUAAUACAUUUAAUAACGCUGAUUUUUCAGGGCUUGACCACAUUUUUAAAUAGCAUCCAAAGUAAGCAGUUUCAGAAGUGUCUCCCAUCCCAAACUUUAGGGCAGAAAUGAGAAAUGAACUUGUGGGAUAUUACGCAGAAUUAGUUUUAGAAAAACUGCACUUCCAUGGAUGAAUUUUUUUAGCGUGCAUGAGGAGAUUUGAUUUUAGUUUGAAAUUAUUUCAUCGGGUAAGGGGAGUGACAGUUCUAGUUGCAGACAUAUAGGUUGUCUUCAUCAUCAAGUAUAAAAAAAUCAUAUCAGAAUGGUCAACAUUGUGUGGGUUUCUGUAUUCCCUGUGCCGCUCCUAACCUGAACUCGUGAUCAGUUGCCAUGAUGAGUGAGGCAAGGGUGAACAUAAUGAAGUUAGUUGUAAAAGUGAGCAAAGUGUCUUCCAUGGUGAUGCCUUCAGUAUUUGGCUGAAUGCAGAGUAUGUUGAAGUGGUAAGUUGGUGGGAAGGUUUUCGUCCUAACCUUAUUUGCACUUUUGUACACCAAACUUGCACUAGCACCUUAGUGCAAAUCUUAAUUGUUUUACAGUGUAUGUGCAUUGUUAAACAUAAUUUAUAUAAAGAUAUUUCUGUUUACCUCUAUGUAUUUUUACAAAGAAUAGCUACAAUAGGUUAAAUGUUCUUGAAUUGUUUGUAUGUUAUUUUGAUUAUGUUCUGGUUUUUGCCCCCUAUGAAUCUGAGUGUCAGGAAUAGAAAAAUAAAAUGCUAACCUGGUCUU